UGCCUGGAGCCCUGCAAAGAGUCCUGGGACCUGAAGAAAAACCAUUGCCAAAGCUUCUGUGAGCCGCUUUUCCCCAAGAAGAAUUAUGAAUGCCUAACUAGCUGUGAAUUCCUUAAGUACAUCCUGUCUGUGAAGCAAGGGGACUGCCCAGCACCUGAGAAGGCCAGUGGUUUUGCAGCUGCCUGUGUUGAAAGCUGUGAAGCUGAUAGUGAAUGUUCUGGAGUGAAGAAAUGCUGUUCCAACGGAUGCGGUCAUACGUGCCAAGUUCCAAAAAAUUUGUACAAAGGUGUUCCACUGAAACCCCGGAAAGAAUUAAAAUUCAUAGAACUUCAGUCUGGAGACCUGGAGGUGAAGUGGUCUUCAAAAUUCAAUAUUUCCAUUGAGCCUGUGAUAUAUGUUGUUCAGAGGAGAUGGAAUCAAGGAAUCCAUCCAAGUGAGGAUGAUGCUACUAACUGGCAAACUGUGGCACAGACUACGGAUGAGCGAGUUAGGCUGACGGACAUCCGAGCGAGCAGGUGGUACCAGUUCCGCGUGGCAGCUGUGAACGUGCACGGGACGAGAGGCUUCACGGCGCCCAGCAAGCACUUCCGAUCCUCGAAAGAUCCAUCUGCUCCACCAGCUCCAUCUAAUAUCAGAAUUGCCAAUAUCAGUGCAAACAAUGAUGGGAGUGUAAAUGUAAUGAUUACUUGGGAUCUUCCAGAAGAGCCUGAUAUCCCAGUGCACCACUACAAAGUCUUCUGGAGCUGGACAUACAGCAAAUAUGUAAUCCCAGCCAAAAAAAAGAAAAGGAAGAUUACUGAGGGGGCCCAAAAUUACGUGGUCCUGGAGGGACUCCAACCCAACAGCAACUACAAUGUAGAACUGCAGGCAGUAACACGUUGGGGUCAGAUACGCCUAAAAAGUGCUAAGGUUUCUCUCCAUUUUAGCACCACUCAGGACACCAGGAAUAAUAAGGAACAGGCAUCUUCUGCUGGGAAACCCCAGAAGGGACUGGCAGAUCCUUACCCAACAUUUCAAAGAAGAAAAUCCACUCGUUUUCUUAAAAUUGGAACUCCUUUCUAUCAAGACAAUCAACUUCAGGUCAAAGUCUACUGGAAGAAGACAGAUAUCAACAUGAAUCAAUUCCAAGUCCACUGGUUACUGGAGUCCUGUGCACACAACGACACCAAAGGACUUGUGAAAGUAACGGAGCUGACUUACGAAAACUACAUGAUUCUGAAGGACCUGUCAUUUUCAUGCAAAUAUAAAGUAACUGUUUUGCCUGCAAAAUCUAAAGGUCGUUUUAAGGCUGAGAGUAUUUUCUUUGUUACCCCACCUUGCUCUGCAUUUAAAGAAAAAAACCACAAGCACAUCAAUUGUCCUACUGAAGGAGUGCCAGUUCUACCCAAAGUGUUGGCCAAACCCGAGAAUCUCUCUGCGUCUUUCAUUGUCCAGGAAGGUAACAUCACUGGUCAUUUUUCCUGGAAGAUCUCUAAGGCAGACCUUCACCAGCCCAUGACAGGGUUUCAGGUCACUUGGGCAGAAGUAACCACAGAAAGCCGGCAAAACAGCUUACCCAACAGCAUCAUUUCGCAGUCGCAGAUACUGCCAGCAGAUCAUUAUGUACUUACCGUGCCCAAUCUAAGGCCGUCGAUGCUGUACCGCUUGGAAGUUCAAGUGCUGACGACUGGUGGGGAAGGGCCAGCUACAAUAAAAUCGUUCCGAACACCUGACCUUCCUCCAUUUUCACCCCACAGACCUCAUCUGAAGCAACAUCAUCCACAUCACUACAAGCCACCCCCAGAGAAAUAUUAGACUGUUUCAGAAGAUUAUACAAAUAAUUGAGAGAAAAACUGAGCUCCCAAAUGGAGGCUAGGAAAAGACACAUCUGGAGGAGCAACGAACCCAGUUUUCCAGUGGAAGUUACCAUCCCGUACGUUCUGUAUCUACUUCUCUGUAGUUUAGCCAUGACAAACUGUAUUUGCACCAAGGCCAGGAUGAAACAUACAGCGAGUAUUGUUUCAGUACCA